UUAUUCCCUCUCUUUUCAUGUUUUAUAGUCAGUUGUCAUCCUCCUCUUCUACUGUCUGUCUGCUCUAUCACUUCUCAUUCUCGGUUUUCGCUCUAAUCCCCCCCGAGAGGAGGGCAUUUCUCACUCACUCUUUCAAGAAUCUUUUCCAAUAAAUUUUCUUUUAAACAUCUUAAUUUAUGGAUAAUGAUGACGAAGAUAACAAAUAACAAGUCCUUUUCUUUUUCAAAUUAUGUCUUCUUUAAUUCUCAACAAGUCAGCACACAUCAAAAUCCGCCUCUUUCAAGGCUUUAACUCUCUCAAACACCUAAAACAUGUCCACGCAGCCCUUCUCCGCCUCGGCCUCGACGAAGACAGUUACCUCCUUAACAAGGUCUUACGUUUCAGCUUCAACUUUGGCAACACAAACUAUUCCCAUCGCAUAUUUCAUCAAACCAAAGAACCUAAUAUUUUCCUUUUCAAUACAAUGAUCCAUGGCUUAGUUUUGAAUGAUUCUUUCCAAGAAUCCAUUGAAAUUUACCACUCAAUGAGAAAAGAAGGGCUUUCUCCUGAUAGUUUUACUUUCCCUUUUUUGUUGAAAGCGUGUGCCAGGCUUUUGGAUUCUAAAUUGGGUAUUAAGUUGCAUGGCCUUGUGGUUAAAGCGGGUUGUGAAUCGGAUGCGUUUGUUAAUACUAGUUUGGUCAGUUUGUAUGGGAAAUGUGGGUUUAUAGACAAUGCAUUUAAGGUGUUUGAUGAUAUUCCCGAGAAGAAUGUUGCUGCGUGGACGGCGAUAAUAAGUGGGUAUGUUGGUGUUGGGAAAUGUAGGGAGGCGAUUGAUAUGUUUCGCAGGUUGUUGGAUAUGGGUUUGAGGCCGGAUAGUUUCAGUCUUGUUCGGGUUUUGGCUGCCUGCACACGAAUUGGGGAUUUGACAAGUGGAGAGUGGAUUAAUGAUUACAUAACGAAGAUUGGCAUGGUAAGGAAUGUGUUUGUGGCUACUUCUUUGGUGGAUUUUUAUGUCAAAUGUGGAAACAUGGAGAGAGCAUUUAGUGUCUUUGAUGGGAUGCUGGAGAAGGAUAUUGUUUCUUGGAGUUCUAUGAUUCAGGGUUAUGCUUCCAAUGGGCUGCCUAAAGAAGCUUUGGACCUCUUUUUUAAAAUGUUGAAUGAGGGUUUCAGACCUGAUUGUUAUGCUAUGGUGGGGGUUCUUUGUGCUUGUGCGAGGUUAGGAGCACUAGAAUUAGGGAACUGGGCUAGCAAUUUGAUGGAUAGAAAUGAGUUCUUGGGCAAUCCUGUCUUGGGUACGGCAUUGAUUGACAUGUAUGCAAAAUGUGGGAGAAUGGAUAGCGCCUGGGAAGUUUUCAGGGGAAUGAGGAAGAAAGAUAUAGUAGUUUGGAAUGCAGCUAUAUCAGGUCUUGCCAUGAGUGGACAUUUCAAAGCAGCAUUUGCACUUUUUGGCCAAAUGGAGAAAUCUGGGAUUGAGCCGGAUGGGAACACUUUUGUUGGCCUACUUUGUGCUUGUACUCAUGCGGGUCUAGUUGAUGAGGGUCGUCAAUAUUUUAAUAGUAUGGAACGUGUUUUUACCUUGACUCCAGAAAUCGAACACUAUGGAUGCAUGGUGGAUCUCCUGGGCCGUGCAGGUUUCUUAGAUGAAGCUCAUCAACUUGUCAAAAGCAUGCCAAUGGGGGCCAAUGCUAUUGUAUGGGGAGCAUUGCUGGGAGCAUGCAGGCUGCAUAGAGAUACCCAAUUGGUGGAAGUUGUGCUGAAACAGCUCAUAGCAUUAGAACCGUCCAACUCAGGUAAUUACGUUCUUUUGUCAAAUAUAUAUUCAGCAAGUCAUAAAUGGGAAGAUGCAGCAAAGAUUAGGUCAAUCAUGAGUGAGAGGGGGAUUAAGAAAGUACCAGGGUAUAGUUGGAUUGAAGUGGAUGGAGUUGUUCAUGAAUUCCUUGUGGGGGAUACAUCCCAUCCCUUAUCGGAGAAAAUAUAUGCAAAACUUGGCGAAUUGGUCAAGGACUUGAAAGCAUCAGGUUAUGUUCCCACAACAGAUUAUGUGCUGUUUGAUAUAGAAGAAGAGGAGAAGGAGCAUUUCAUUGGUUGUCACAGUGAGAAGUUGGCAAUUGCCUUUGGUUUGAUAAGCACAGCUCCAAAUGACAAAAUUCGUGUUGUGAAAAAUCUUCGUGUUUGUGGUGAUUGUCAUGAGGCAGUAAAGCACAUUUCUAGAAUUGCAGGUAGAGAGAUAAUUGUGAGAGAUAACAACCGAUUCCAUUGUUUUAAUGAUGGUUCUUGUUCAUGUAAAGAUUAUUGGUGAGAUUUUUUUGGGUAAUGGUUUCAACGGUACAUGUUGGACGUGU